AUGAGCGCAGAGCCUAAAUAUUUAACUGGCAACGGCCAAGGAAUCAAAGAAUUCAUUGAUAAGUUUGACACCUUCUUGUUCGACUGUGAUGGCGUCCUGUGGUCAGGUGACCAUGUUUACGAGGGAGUUCCGGAAACAUUAGAGCUGUUGCGCUCCAAAGGAAAGCGCACAGUCUUCGUAACAAACAACUCGACAAAGUCCCGCCAAGAUUACGUCAAGAAGCUGGCUAACAUGGGCAUUGAGUGCACACCUGAUGACGUUUUUGGUUCCUCAUACUCCGCUUCCAUCUACAUCUCCCGCAUCCUCAAGCUUCCCGAGGGCAAAAACAAGGUCUUUGCCAUUGGUGAGGCGGGCAUGGAACAGGAACUCGCUUCCGAAGGCGUGCCCUUUAUCGGCGGCACAGAUCCUGCGAUGCGCCGAGAUGUCACCCCAGAAGACUUUGCCGGACUGGCGGAUGGCUCGUUGCUUGAUCCCGAGGUUGGAGUUGUUCUUUGUGGCUUGGAUUUCCACAUCAACUACCUCAAGUUGAUUCACGGACUGCAUUACCUGCGUAAAGGCGCUCUCUUCCUCGCAACCAAUCUCGACUCCACGCUCCCCAUGCAUAAGGACCUCUUCCUUGGUGCUGGAUCUAUUGUCAUCCCUCUCACAAAUGCCAUUGGCAGAGAGCCCCUCGCACUUGGUAAACCCAGUCAAGCAAUGAUGGAUGCCGUUGAGGGCAAGUUCCAGCUUGACAGAGCUAGAACCUGCAUGGUUGGUGACAGACUCAACACAGACAUCAAGUUUGGUGUCGAGGGCAAGUUGGGAGGAACUCUACAUGUGCUGACGGGUGUCAACAGCAAAGAAGAUUGGCAGAAGAAGGAUGCGAUUGCAGUCCCGUCGUUUUAUGCCGAUAAACUGAGUGAUUUAAGAGAUUGCGCGUAA